AGUUCAUUGGAAAAUUCUUACUACAAUUUUUCUUAUUCGCUUCUGAUCAGUUACUUUCGUCCUUCUGGAUCCGUUGACGAAUAGCAAAAAGCUUGAUUUAUGGCUUUUGGCCGCGACAAUCGUGUAAGGUUCAGAGAUUGGAUUUCAGAAGGAUCAUUAACCACAGAGUAUGGUUACGGAAGAAAAGUUAGACCAUCUCUAAACACAGUUUUGAAGAAUGUUCGUAGAGGAUUUGAGAAAGGUUCAGAUAAAAUCAGGACUUUUAAGAAAAGAGAUUCUAGCACCACCACAGAUAAGAAGAAUAUUAUAAACCCACAAGGCUCUUUUUUGCAGAACUGGAACAAAAUAUUUCUUUUUGCUUCUGUGAUUGCUUUAGCCAUUGAUCCAUUGUUUUUCUAUAUUCCUAUUGUUGAUGGAGAAAGACACUGCCUUAAUUUGCAUCAUAACUUGGAGAUAGCAGCUAGUGUGCUUAGAACAUUUAUAGAUGCCUUCUACAUCAUUCACAUUGUGUUUCAGUUUAGAACUGCUUAUAUCUCUCCUUCUUCUCGGGUUUUCGGAAGAGGCGAGUUGGUUGAUGAUCCGAAAGCAAUAGCCAUUAAGUAUCUCUCCUCGUACUUUAUCAUCGAUGUUCUUUCUAUCCUUCCACUCCCACAGCUUGUAGUCUUAGCAGUUAUCCCCAAUGUCAACAAGCCGGUCUCUUUGAUCACUAAGGACUACUUGAUUACUGUCAUAUUUACUCAAUACAUUCCAAGGUUUCUUCGUAUUUAUCCACUUUACACUGAAGUUACAAGAACAUCUGGCAUAGUUACUGAAACCGCUUGGGCUGGAGCUGCUUGGAACCUAUCUCUCUAUAUGUUAGCCAGUCAUGUGUUUGGAGCGUUAUGGUACUUAAUAUCAGUAGAACGAGAAGACAGAUGCUGGCGUGAAGCUUGCGAAAAGAGACCAGAAGUGUGUACCUUUAGAUUUCUCUACUGCGAUGGAAACACUAGUGUUAGAAACGAUUUCCUGACUACCUCGUGCCCGUUUAUCAACCCUGAUGAUAUAACAAAUUCAACGGUCUUCAACUUUGGCAUUUUUACUGAUGCUUUAAAGAGUGGGAUUGUUGAAUCAGAUGAUUUCUGGAAGAAGUUCUUCUACUGCUUCUGGUGGGGUUUGCGUAAUUUAAGUGCAUUGGGACAAAAUCUCAAUACGAGCAAAUUCGUUGGGGAAAUCAUAUUUGCUGUAUCAAUCUGCAUAUCUGGACUAGUCUUAUUCGCACUACUUAUCGGCAAUAUGCAGAAAUACUUGGAAUCGACAACAGUUAGGGAAGAGGAGAUGAGAGUGAGAAAAAGAGAUGCAGAGCAAUGGAUGUCUCAUCGAAUGUUACCCGAUGACUUGAGGAAACGUAUCAGAAGGUAUGAGCAAUACAAAUGGCAAGAAACUAGAGGAGUCGAAGAAGAAAACCUUCUGCGUAAUCUCCCUAAAGACCUCAGGAGAGACAUCAAACGCCAUUUUUGCCUCGAUCUUCUCAAGAAAGUACCUCUCUUCGAGAUAAUGGAUGAGCAAUUGUUAGAUGCCGUGUGUGACAAGCUAAAACCCGUGCUCUACACUGAGAACAGCUAUGCAAUUCGAGAAGGAGACCCAGUGGAGGAGAUGUUGUUUGUUAUGAGAGGAAAACUGAUGAGCGCCACCACAAACGGUGGCCGGACCGGCUUCUUUAACGCCGUAUACCUUAAAGCUAGCGACUUUUGCGGCGAAGAUCUUCUCACAUGGGCAUUGGAUCCUCAAUCUUCGUCUCAUUUUCCGAUUUCGACGAGAACAGUUCAAGCUUUAACAGAAGUAGAAGCCUUUGCUCUAGCAGCAGAUGAUCUCAAGCUUGUUGCUUCACAAUUCAGACGACUCCAUAGCAAACAGCUUCAACAUACUUUCAGGUUUUAUUCGGUACAAUGGAGAACUUGGGGUGCGUCUUUCAUACAAGCGGCGUGGCGGAGACAUUGCCGGAGGAAACUAGCUAGGUCAUUAACCGAAGAAGAAGAUCGAUUCCGAAACAUAAUCGCAAAACGCGAACGCGAUGCGGCGUCUUCGUCGAGCCUGGUUGCAACGUUAUACGCGUCGCGGUUUGCUUCAAACGCGCUUCGCAAUCUGCGUACCAACAACGUUCCUUUGCUCCCUCCUAAACCCUCCGAGCCUGAUUUCAGUCUUCGAAACCCUUAAAUAUCUCCAGUUACCACUUGUAUAUAAUAUUGUCAACGACAUACAUUAAAGCUUAAACUAAUUA